AUGACCUCGCCCAAGCAGGAGGGCGCGUUCAAGCGUCUCGUCCGGUCUCUCUCGCGCUCAUCGCCUCGCUCAGAGCGCCCGCAACCGCAGCAGCGCAGCUCGUCGCGCGGGAAACGCCUCGACGACAUCGCCAAGUACGCGCCGGCCAACAACGGCGUCGCCAUCCCCAACGCUCUGCCGAGUCCGCAAGGAGUGUCCUACAGCACCAGCCCACCGCCUGACAGCUACUUCCCCCGUCCUCCCUCGGAAGUUCUGAACGACUCGGAGGCGAAUGGCAGGGAGCGACACCCCGACUCAAUCGGCGCGCGCGCCUUCGACGUCGGCGAGUCGACCAAAGGCAUGGCCGCCCCGGGCGUGACCUUUGCCCCCGCCGCUCCCGGCACCGCAACGAAAGUCCGCCCGGACAGCGAAUUGGACGGCUGGCGUCCGCCUCCUCCGCGUCGCACGACCUCGCAGCGCGUCCGUCGUCAACCUUCGUCUGGCGGCGGGAAGGGCGAAGCGAAUGGAGCGGGAGGGGGACUGAGUAGGCACCGUUCGGGCGACAGGAAGAAGGGCGAGUCCAUCUCGGCCGCGGCGGAGAUCGACGGCGUCCCUGUUCCGACGCUCCCUGCGACGCCGGGAGUCGAGUCCAACGGCGUCGGUGAGCAGGUCAAAGUUGGCGACCGCACGCUCGACGCGGGCGAGCGCAGGGGUGUCACGCUCGAGGACAGGCCGCUCAGUCGGAACGCGUCGCAGGGACUCAAGCGCACGGCAAGUCAGUGGAAGAAGGCUGCGCAGAAGGCGUUCGAGCCCCUCCCGAAGGAAGAAGGCGAGAAGCGCGUGAUCGUCCUCGUCGCCGACGGGACGGAGGAAAUCGAAGUCAUGACCGCGUACGACGUCUUCGUCCGCGCGUCACUCAACCCCGUCCUCGUCUCUGUCUCGCCGCAAUUCUCGCCGUCCAACUCGCUCCCUCACAUCACCCUCUCGCGCGGCGCGCGCAUUCUCGCCGACACCCAGUUCGAGACGCUCAAGGAGGAGCAUUGGGAUCUGUUCGACGCGGUAGUCGUGCCUGGCGGAGCGAAGGGCGCUGAGCGCCUCAGUAAGGAGAAGCGCGUGCAGGAGCUGUUGUGGCGGUUUUGGUCGGAGCAGAAGCUUGUCGGCUGCAUUUGCGCUGGCUCGCUCGCCGCUCUUUCUUCCCAGAUCGGUCUCGGCGGCGCGCUCACCUCUCACCCGUCCGUCCGCUCGCAACUCGAAAAGCACUACGACUACUCCGACGACCGCGUCGUCGUCGCCGGAAACCUCGUCACGAGUCGUGGACCGGGUACGGCGCUCGAGUGGGCGUUGCAGCUUGUCGAGAUGCUCUCGGGACGGAAGAAGAGGGACGAGGUUGAGGGUCCCAUGAUGGUUUAG